AUGGCAGAGGAGGCACAGCUUCUGCAGCUGCUGAAGAAGGAGCUGAGGUCUCUGCUGCUGGCUGCCAAGGAGGGCUUAACCCCAGCAAAGCUGGAGCAGCAGUACCUGGCCAUGAUUGGCAAACCUCUCCCUCUCCAUGACCUGGGCUUCCAGUCCACAUUGGAGCUGGUGGCAGCUAUGCCUGAAGCUGUCAGAGUUAGCCACCAUAAAGGCAGAGUUCUCCUCAAAGGCAUUGCAGAUGAGAGCACCAAGGGCAUUGCUGACCUGGUUGGGAAGCGGAGGAGCUCCAGGACGUGGAGGAGCUCCAGGACCCGGAGGAGUGGAGUGAAGGCUGAGGUGAGGGACCUGCUGAGUUCCUCAGUUCUGCUCUUGGGCUUCCACAAGGCCUUCUUCAGACCCUUGGCCAGGGCCAGCGUGCACAGUGUGGCCGAAGUGCUCAGCAGCAUGUUCGAUGUUGUGGCUGAGCAGGUCAGAGCAGCUUCCUUGCUGACCCUGAAGGAGCACCUGGCAACUGAGAUGCCUCCUUUGGAACCCUCUUCUGACACGGAGAGCUUCCACCUGCCAUCAGAAGAGGAGUCAGAGGCAGUGGAAGCAGAAGCAGGGGGUUUGGGUGCUGGCCUCCAGCAACCUCAAGCUUUGGAGCAGGCCCUGCUAGACAAGUUGAUCCUGACUCCAGAAAUCCCUCCAGAUGCUGUUCAGGACAGAAGGCUUUGCAGUUUACCCACCCUGGAGAGGAAGAGCAUGGUGGCAGUCUUUGUGUCAUUCAUCAUCUCCCCAAGCCAAUUCUACAUCCAGCUCUACAGCAAGGAGACAUCUAGCAAGCUGAGGGAGAUGAUGUGUGAGAUGAGGUUCCUUUACUCCCACCGGGUCGUCUCGGAUCGCUACCUCCUGCCCCAGGCUUUCCUGCGGCCGGGGCAGCUCUGCUGCCUGCUGCUCGCCGGCUGGUGCCACCGAGUGGUCAUCCACCGUGUGCUCAGCCCCCAGCAGCUGCAGGUGUUCUGUGUGGAUCAUGGGCACCUCAAGACUGUCCACAGGUCUGCCCUGAGAUUCCUCAAGUGGUGCUACUUGAAGCUCCCUGCCCAGGCCCACCCCUGCUCCCUGGCAGGGGUACAGCCCAUGCAGGGCACAUGGUCCAGUGCAGCAACUCUGCAGUUCCAGGAGCUGUGUGGCUCCAAACUCCUCGUGGGUGUCACUGAUGAGUAUGUGAAUGGUGUCCUGCACCUCUUCCUCUGUGAUACAUCCACCAAGGAGGAUGUCUACUUGCACCAGGUCCUGAGCAGCAGGGGACAUGCUGCCAUCUGCAAGGAGAAUGUUCCUUCCCAGGGAUUCCAAGAGCUGAACCCUUCGGCCCUCUACAUUCAGCCCAGUGGGCAGCAGGAAUCUCUGGCUGCAGAGUGA